UACUCUGGGUAAAGGAUGGCGAGGAAGAGGAGGAGGAGGAGGAGUAGAGGAGGGGGAGGAGUAGUGCGCCACUUAACUGGAGUUUGUAAUCCGCCGGUUCCAUGGGGGGGGCGCAGAGAGUGCGCCGUGUCCAGGGACCAGCAACACGUCAGCAUAGAGCAUCAGCGCCAUCUGGUGGUUAUCACCGAGAACUUUCAACACCUUUCAAAUUGAUUUUCUGGUUCUCUGCUUUGAUUGGCUGCGAUACGCCUCGCCGGUCUUAUAAUCAGGGAUGACCGAACACCUGAGACCACUUGGCAGUUAAAUUAAAGUUCACGCUGUGCCCAACAGGUUCACUGGUUCAGAUUAAUUUAGAAGAGUAUAGGCUAAAGACGUUUUUACUGCUGAAAUGGGUAUAUGUAAGAAAUAACUAUAGACUACCGGCAGAUCUUUGCUUGAGGUGCUUUAUGAGUUUUAAUGUUUUGUGCUUUUAUUUGAUUUAAUUUCCUAACUUUUCACUUUGAUCGUUUGUCUUCUCGUCUAAAUUAGUUUUGUAUUGUUUGCAGUAGGAGAACAGUUGCUGAAGGCUGCUCAUAAAUAUCAAUUGAUUCCUGUAAUGCGAUGUGCACUGACUUUUUUACUCAUUAGAUUUUAAUAGGGGCUACAUUAACUUUUGGCUCGACAAACUUUUUCUCGUGAAUAAUCCUAUUGUCUUGUUGAAGAAUGUGCUCCAAUGUUCCCAAAAUCACGGCUCUUUCUCUGAAACCUCUAAUAGUCAAAGCACCAACGCAAUUUGAAUCGCAUCCAGUUCUCACAUGGCAUUACAGCUUUAUCUCUAUCCUGUAGGCUUAGGCACGGUGCCAUAUUAUUAACAAAUCAAGGCAUUGAUUUAGAAGGAAACAAUUUUAAGAGGAUAUAGUCUAAAACGGAUUUGUGUGGAUCUUUUGAAAGCCCAUUUAUCCUGUUAAAUCGGCUACAAGCAUAUCCUGUAUUCAUAUAUUUUCUAAUAGCCUGUCGUUGUCAAAAUAGCUCUGGUGUUUCACAAUUUAAUUUUGGCAUCAAUCACAAUAAACCUUAAAUUAUGACAACAAAUUAUUAUUUCCAUCUGUGGCCAAUUAUUAAGUUUGAUUUUUGAAAUACAACAGUCUUUAAUUGUAGACUCCCCUUUGUUUAUAACCUGGUGUGAAUGAUAAGUCCAGCUCCGUCACUUAGCGAUGGAUGAGAUCAUUUAUGUCUGGAGCAUGGAGUCCAGCUUUGUGCGGGCGGACCACGCCCCGGCCGCGGCGCGGUGCGGUAGUGCACCACUAGGCUAGCUUAGCACUCAGCUGCUACAUCCGGGCGCUCUGCUCGGUGUAGAAACCCUGCGAAGAUGGCGACUUCAGGGAGGAGUGCGAUAUUAUCCUCCACCUCAGCUGGACCCAAGAACACACUGGAGAGCUCCAACACAGAGGAGGAGGACGGACAGGACUUAUGGUCUACCAUCCUGAGUGAAGUUUCAACCCAUUCAAGAUCAAAGCUACCGUCGGGGAAAAAUGUCCUGGUCAUGGGUGAGGUGGGUUCAGGGAAGACAACCUUGGUUGCAAAACUUCAAGGUAUUGAGGAAUACAUGAAGGGGCGUGGCCUGGAAUACCUCUACUUCAGUGUCCAUGAUGACGACAUUGAUGACCACACAAGGUGUAACGCGUGGGUGUUAGACGGAGACCUUUAUCACAAAGGCCUGCAGGGAGUAGCUGUCCCAGUGGACUCGAUCGGGGACACAUUGCUGCUGAUAACGCUGGACAUGUCACGGCCUUGGAAUGCCCUGGACUCUCUCCAGAAGUGGGCAGCCGUUGCUAGGGAACAUAUCGACAAACUCCGAGUCGCCCCGGAAACGCUGCGAGAGCUGGAACACAGACUUGUAAAACAGUUCCAGGAGUACACAGAGCCUGGUAGUGGGGAGGAUGGCACCCCGCAGAGAAGGAGUGAAGAUGAGGAGAGCGUGCUUCUGCCGUUAGGAGACAACACACUAACACAUAAUCUAGGAAUACCAGUGGUGGUGGUCUGUACCAAGUGCGAUGCCAUCAGCACGUUGGAGAAGGAGCACGACUACAGAGACGAGCACCUGGACUUCAUCCAGUCUUACGUCAGGCGUUUCUGUCUGCAGUAUGGUGCGUCUCUGGUUUACACAUCAGUGAAGGAGAUGAAAAACCUGGACAUCCUCUACAAAUACCUGGUCCACAGACUCUACGGCUUCCCCUUCCACUGCCCGGCACAAGUGGUGGAAAGAGACGCUGUCUUCAUUCCAUCAGGCUGGGACAAUGAGAAAAAGAUUGCCAUACUUCAUGAGAACUUCCAGACAGUAAAAGCUGACGACAGCUUUGAGGACGUAGUAGUCAAACCGCCAGUCAGAAAGAUUGUACAUGAAAAGGAGAUUCAGGCGGAAGAUGACCAAGUGUUUCUGGUGAAACUGCAGUCACUGCUCGCCAAACAGCCCGCUGUGACAGCAGGGCGACCAGUGGACACCACCAGUAGAGCACCCACCGGUUCCCCCAGGACGAGCAAUCGCUCUGCUGCGGCCAACGUAGCGAACGCCAUGCCACAGUCAGGUCAGACCAGUGAGGGCGUGUUGGCCAACUUCUUUAACAGUCUACUGACAAAGAAAGCGGGGACAGGGGGUCCUGGGACGCCAGGAGGCGGUAACAACACGCCAGGAACAGUACGCAAGUCAGGUUCUAAGCUGGGCCUGGGUGACGUACAGGCAGAGCUAGACCGUAUUUCCAGCCGGGAGAGUGACUCGGACUUGCCCAAUGCCAACGAGACCCCCGCCACCGACAGCCAGGACACAUGAAGACCACACACUUUACCCUGCUCUCCUUCUCUCUCCCUAUCCCCUGCCUUUCUCCUCAGUGGUCUUCCCUCACUAACCUCCCUUGUCCUUCCUCAAUCCACUCUAUCACCAAGAUGCCGGGAGAAAGAGAGGUGUUGGGGAAAAGGAGGGUUGGACACACAGAUUUACCUCCCUGUCAUCUUUCACUUUCAGAAGAACACCCUCUCUCCUCCCCUGACUCCUUCUCCCACACCUCUUUCUCCUUUUCCCUCCUCCCUCUCUUCUCUUCCUGGCUGUUAUGCUAAGGGCGAAUAUUUGUCACUGUUACAUACAAGACUGUCUGUUACAUGAGGGUAAAUGGAUAUGGGGGACCAAUGGGGGUGUGUGUAGAGGAGAGGGCGAGAAGAAGUCAGAGUCGGGGUUGAAGAAAAAAGAUUGCAAGGAUGAAAGUGUGGGUUUUUCUAUCCAUCCAUUUCUUGUGAUGGUGAAGUUAGCGUUUUUACUGUAGGAACAGCUGAAGGGCGCAUGUGGAAGAGUCUGUCCUUAGGUACUUUAGGGAUGAUUGCGUGAUUGUGUUUCAUGUAAGGUGGGGCAAGUCACGCUUGGCCAGAGGAAGAGAUUGAGAACAAAAAAAAAAUGCCUGAAACAAAAUUGCAAACAGUCUUGUUUUUUAAGAUGAAGGGAAAAACAUACCAGUAUUUGUGUUUGAAUGAUUGUGUGUGUGUGUGUGUGUGUGUGUGUGUGUGAGAGAGUGAGAGAGAGAGAGAGUGGGUGUUAUUAAGUUACUUCAACCUAGCCCUGUGUGUUGAGAGAUUUUUGGCUGUUUGCAUUUCAACCAAAAGGCAAUUACAUUACUAUGCUCUUACACUACAAGCUCUUACAACGGUGGAUACACUAUUAAUACUGCAGCACUGUCUGCUAGUCUACACAAACCAAACAUGACAAGAAAAACGCUUCACACCCAAACACUAGUCCCGUGUAGAAGGCACUUAGGGUACAUCAUGACACUUGGUUCUACAAUUGGCCAAACAGCUGGUGGUACAUACCGCUCCAACCUGUAGAUAACAGACAGUGCACUAAUAAAAGGGAGGGGGAGGGGUAGGUGGGUAGCUGAGCUUUACUUGUACAGAAAGAAGCGCUAGUGAUUCAGUUGAAUAGUUACUGCAGGCAGGGUGGUGGGUGGGCAAAGGGGUCAGUACAAGGGAGGGUCACACCAAGAAUGUACAGUCAUUGUCUCGCUGAUUGGUCCUGUUAUUUCAGAGCUCUGUGUUGGCGUUUGUAUAAUCAGAUCUGUUAAUCAGUCAAAUAAAAGGUGUAUUUAUUCGGAUUCAUCCA